AUGCGCACUUACCAACGAGCUCCAGAUGGUAGAUUUAUCGUUCAACUACCAUUUAAGGAGGAUCCAUCGGUCAUCACUGGCAACUUUGGUAUUGCUGUGAAAUAUUUAAAACGAAUCGAAUCGAAGUUGGACGAAACGACUAAACGAAUGUACACCGAUUUUAUGGCAGAAUAUGAAGCGUUGAAACAUAUGUCUGUUGUUUCUGACGAUGUGUCCAGAUAUUAUAUCCCACAUCACGCUGUGUUACGUCCAUCGAGUACAACGACGAAGCUACGAGUUGUAUUUCAUGCUUCAUCUAAAUCGUAUUCCGGUAAAUCGCUCAACGAUGUGCUUAUGGUUGGUCCAACUAUUCAACCUGAGCUCAACGAUACUUUGCUGUGUUUCCGUAUAUUCUGCAAAGUAAUAUCCGCUGAUAUUCAACACAUGUAUCGCUGUAUCGAGAUACUAAAAGCCCAUCGCCGAUUUCAAUCGAUAAUUUGGCGAGGUAAACGACACGAAUUGAAUACGAUAACGUACGGUACUGCUCCUGCUGCAUAUGAGGCAACGCAAUGUCUCGAUAUUCUCGCUGAAGAAGUGAAGGUAACUCGUCCUCGCACUUCUAUCGCUAUACGUAAAGGCUUCUAUAUGGAUGAUUGGCUUUAUGGAGCCGACACUGAUGAAGAAUUAAUCGAAUUGCAGCAAUCAGUACAUGAAACGUUGUUAUCAGCUGGUUUCAAACUACGAAAAUAUCAAUCGAAUUCUAACGAAGUACUCGCUAAAAUUGAUCCGGCUCUGAUUGAACAUAAUUUGACCGUUCAAUUUGGAGAUAACGAAGCGCUUUCGAUACUUGGCUUAGCCUGGUGUCCUUCUACCGAUAGCUUUGCGCUGAAAACCGAUGUUCCUGCUCCUACAACAACCGUAACAAAGCGUCAAAUGCUAUCUACAAUUUCGAAAGUAUUUGAUCCACUUGGCUUAGCUUGUCCAGUAACGAUUCGAGGCAAGCUGCUGUUCAAACGAUUGUGGAAACUCGGAAUCUCAUGGGAUGAUCCCGUGACUCCUGAAAUCGAUUCGCUGUUUAACGCUUAUUUAUCCGAUUUGAAUCGUUUAUCGAAGUUCGUAAUACCGAGAUAUGUUCGAGAUUUCGACUCGAAUACUGAAACUAUCGUUGGUUUCUGCGAUGCCUCCGAGCAGGCAUACUGUGCUGCUGUAUAUGCGUUCAAUGCAAAACGUCUCCAGUUGCUGUGCUCGAAAACGAGAGUUGCUCCAGAGAAAGAGCUCAAUAUUCCACAGCUCGAGCUCCAAGCAGCCGUUCUGCUUGUGCAACUAAUCCAACGUGUUUCCAAAACACUCAACGUUGAUAUUCAUCGCAGUAAACUGUUCACCGAUUCGACUAUUGUCCUAGCAUGGCUAUCGAAACCUGCUAGUGAAUGGAAAACGUUUGUUCGAAACCGUGUGGUGAAAAUUACCGAAGUGUUUCCUAUUCAACAUUGGAGCCACGUCCGUUCAGGUGAAAAUCCUGCGGAUCUCGCUACACGUGGUAUUUCGACUGAAUCGCUAUUGCAAUCGAGUAUGUGGCUGUCUGGUCCUGAAUUCGUUAUAAAUCUCGAUAAUUCGUCAAAUAAUACCGAAAUCGAUGAAACGAUCUGUGAACCAUAUCGCAGAAAAACGAAAAUCGCCUCUUUCAUCGCUGCUGACCUUGAAACGGAUCUCAAGAAGCACGCGAAGUUAAUCUCAUCGUGUGAAUCGUACGAAAAGCUCCGAUUCAUGUAUGCUGCUGCUAUCGCCGUUAUUCGUCAUUGGAAAUCUCGAAUUUUGAAUCGAGAACGUGUUCCAUUGAAAGUAGAAGCUAGCGACAUGAUCCGAGCGAACGAAUGUAUCAUACGAAUCGUGCAGUAUGAUGCAUUUUCCAAAGAUAUCGAACGAUUGAAGACCAAACCAGGCAAACUAUCGAAGCGAAGCCUGUUGAAACGACAUACUCCAUUUCUCGACGAUAAUGGAAUAAUGAAAUCGAAGACGCGCCUGCAAAAUGCGCGCAAACCUGUUAACGCUAAAAUACCGAUCGUGUUACCCGCUCAUCAUCAUUUCACGAAGAUUUUCAUUCGAUACUUUCAUUUGAAAUUCUUCCAUGCUGGCCGUCCGUGGCUAAUGACAACGUUAUCAACGAAUUACGUGUUUGUUGGUGGUCUGAAUCGAGCCAUCAAAUCAGUGAUUCAAUCUUGCAAGCAGUGUAUCGAACGGUUUGUCGAAUCAAAACCGCAGCAGAUGGCGAAUCUGCCUUACGAACGCGUUACUCCUCUACCGCCUUUCCAGGUAGUAGGAAUCGAUUUUACCGGCGCUUUCCUGCUAAAAUGUUCGUAUCAUCGAACCACAAAGUAUAUGAAGGCUUACGCUUGCAUCUUUGUGUGUUUCUCGACAAGGGCGGUGCAUAUCGAACUCGUUCCUUCUUUAUCGACAGAAGAUUUUCUCAACGCGCUAAAGUGCUUUGUAUCUCGAAGAGGCCUUCCAGCAACUAUAUACUCCGAUAACGGUACCAACUUUAAAGGUUGCAAACGGUAUUUGAACUUCAACGACACCGAAAUCCAACGCUACGCUUUAUCCAAUACGAUUUCUUGGAAAUUCAACCCACCUUACACGCCUCAUCGCGGUGGUAUCUGGGAGUCUGCGGUGAAAAGUGCUAAGCGUUACAUACCUAAAAUAUCCGAAAAUCAGAAAUUCACCGAAAAUGAGUUGAGGACGUUGCUCACUCAGAUCGAAGGUAUUCUGAACACCAGACCGUUGGCUUAUUCGAACACUGGUGAACCGGAUGAGGAGAUACUCACUCCAGGCCAUUUCUUAGUUGGUCGAAAUUUAAACGUCAACCUACCCGAACCUUCUUCGCCUCCAGCAAAUAUUAAGCUGUCUGAUCGAUACCUCGCGAAUCAGAAUCGUAUUCGAGCAUUCUGGAGAAUUUGGUCCCAGGAUUAUCUCAAUCAGCUCCGUUCUCGCACCAAGUGGCAAGACGAACAGCCUAAUUAUCACGUAGGAGAUUUGAUUUUACUCCGAAAACCUAAUACGGAACCUUGCCAAUGGAUUCGAGCAAUAAUUAUCAAGACUUUUCCCGAUGAAGCUGGUUUAGUUCGAACAGUCGAAGUUCGAACGUCAGAUUGUUUGUCGAAAGUCGUGCCGAUCCAGCAAAUUGUGCCCUUACCGAUCGCUAAAUGA